UACACAUCGUUACAAAGUGCUCACAUCUUGCGGUUUAACAAAAUUGUUUUCUUGAGAAUACAAUACGUUUUGGAGUCAAAAUCUUUUCUAUUAAAAUUUGAUUGAGAAAUCACAUCUUUUUUCGACAUAUCAUUCGAAGUGACUAAAGAUCGUUCUGCGAUGGAAAGUACGUCGACUAAUUCUGCUCCUGAAUCGAAUUCGGCACGAGCUGUUCAAAUUAUUUGUCCCGAAAAUCAUAAAUUCAAAAUAAAUUUGGAUGAGUUCAACAAAAUUCCCAACCUGAACGACAUGAAGGAUCGUCACGUCGUCGUCGUAUCGAUUGCUGGUGCAUUUCGAAAAGGAAAAAGUUUCUUGUUGAACUUUUUCCUUAAAUAUUUAAAUGCCCAGUAUAAAAAACAUGACGUCUCGGAUUGGCUUGGUGAAAAUGGAAACAUGGAUGAAUUAAGUGGUUUUAAGUGGCGUGGUGGCCGAAAACCCGAGACAACUGGCAUUUGGAUGUGGUCGGAAGUGUUUACUCAUGACUUCAGCGAUGGCGAAAAGGUUGCCAUCAUUCUACUGGAUACACAAGGUAUUUUCGAUCAUCAAAGCAGUUGGCGUGAUUGCACUGCGACCUUUGCACUCAGUAUGCUGUUGGCCUCAGUGCAAUGCUACAAUGUCAUGCAGAAUGUCCAAGAAGAUGACUUGGAAAAUUUGGAAAUGUUCACCGAAUAUGGUCGACUUGCUCUUGAACAAUCACGCGAAAAACCAUUUCAAAAAUUGCUUUUCAUCAUUCGAGACUGGCCAAACGCAUUUGAAACUAGCUACGGAUGGAACGGUCAACAAGUAAUCGAUGAAAUUCUGAGCGAAGACGACGGUCAAACAUCCGAAAAUCGAAAACUGAGAGACCGUAUCAAGUCAAGUUUCAAAGAAGUGAAGGCAUUUUUGAUGCCUCACCCAGGCAAGGAUGUGGCACAAAGUGGGAAAUUUACCGUGAAAUUACAGCAAAUCGAUCCAGAGUUCGUGAAAUAUCUCAAGGAAUUGGUUCCAGCUUUGUUUGCUCCCGAAAAUCUCGUCGUCAAGAAGAUCAACAAUGAAAGUGUACGAGUUGGUGAUUUGGUACAAUAUUUGCAAGCAUAUGCCAACCUGUUCAAUGACAAUAAAUUACCCGAACCAAAAACGAUUCUAACGGCAACGGCCGAAGUGAAUAAUUCGAUAUUUCACGGUGAAUGCUUGCAUUUUUAUGAAGUUUCAAUGCAAAAGGAAAUGGAAAAAGCUUCACCGUAUUACACCGACUCGGAACUUCAGGAUAUUCAUCAAAAACUCAAAGAUGAAACAAUGAAAAAAUUUCUAGAAAAACCCAAACUUGGCGGCGAUCAAUUAGCUUCCACUUUUUUCAACCAACUCGAAGGUGAAGUAGCGCAAAAAUUGCUCUUUUUUCAGCGCGAAAACGAUAUGAAACAAAACAAUGCCAUUAUCCAGGAAAAAGCUGACAAAUUGAACAAAGUUGCUGAAGAAUUGAAAGAUAGAAUUGAAUCUCUCGAAAAUCAAAAGGACAACCUGUCAUCUGAAAUAUAUGAGGAGAGACUUCGCCAUCUCGAAAAGGAAUUCAACACCACACACAACUACACUUUGCGCGACCAACUGAAAGCCACAUUCGAGAAUAAUAUGAUGAAUCAAAUCGGCAAUUCACAUCUGAAUGACACUGACUUGAUGAAUUCAUUCCAUGAAGUUAAAGCAUCUAUUUUGCGCGAUUUUGAUUCUAGUAAAAAAGGUGAUAACGAUAUCUCUGGAAGUGUUCGUCAAAAAUUGGAACGGGACAUGGAUAACGCGCUUUUCGGUAUAAAACGAUGGAAUGAAUCGAAUAAGCUGCCACCACCCCACGCGAUGGUUGUACUAUACUAUAAUGUGUGGCUUUGGAUUCACUGAAACAAUAAUAAUUAUUCGCAAAAGUACUACAUCUACUUCUCCAUUGAUAUCAAUCAAUUUUUAUUCGAUGACGAUACAAGUGAUUCAAUUCUUUCUUAAAAUAACCAACAGCAAAAUUCCAUACAUUUUUCAUUAUCCUCUUCGAAAUAUAGUUAGAAUAUUGCUUUCGCAAAAUCAUUCGAACAAACAAACAAAACUGUAUC